AUGCUGAAGGUUCCAGAGUGCCAGCUGUCAGACGACCUGGGGAGCCUGUGGGAGUGUUCUCGCUUCACUGACUGUUCCCUCUAUGUGGGGGGGCAGGAGUUCAAGGCACACAAAUCCAUCCUGGCAGGUAAGACCCAGGCAAUACCUCUCUAACAAUACCAGCAACAACCAGCUCACUACCAGCUCUCUAACCAGCUCACUACCAGCAACAACCAGCUCUCUACCAGCAACAACCAGCUCACUACCAGCAACAACCAGCUCUCUACCAGCAACAACCAGCUCACUACCAGCAACAACCCUAACCCUGGGUUGUAACCCCUCCCCCUAACUCUGACACCCCUCCUUCCCCUCCACUCCACUAGUAACAGCAGUAACACCUGGGUUCAUAUGGGGCUCUCCUGCCCUCCCUUACCUCAGCCGUCCCAGCUGUGCUGACUGAAGGAUAUGGAUAGAUUCCUUCACUGCUUUAGACAUGGCAGCAGUUUGGUAAAGAAUGCCUUGAAUCACGACGUAGACAUACUAAUGUUGUUUUUACUUCUUUGGUUGACAGCGAGAUCUCCCGUCUUUAGCGCCAUGUUUGAACAUGAGAUGGAGGAGAGUAAAAAGGUGUGUAGUUUUAUUGAGAAUGACCUGAUGUGAACGCAUUGUGUUGCGCUGCUACUACUGUAUUUAUCAUAGUCAUAGUAACACAAUGAUACUGUGUCUAUGUGACCUGUCUCAGAACCGUGUGGACAUCAGUGAUGUGGACCCAGAUGUGUUUAAGGAGAUGAUGGGAUUCAUCUACACAGGGAAAGCUCCCAACCUGGAGAAGAUGGCCGACAACCUGCUGGCAGCUGCUGACAAAGUAAGACUGCCAGCAUGUAAUGUAGCUAGUCGUUAUUGGCAACCCUAACCCUAACCCUAACCCUAACCCUAACUCUAACUCUAACUCUAAACCUAACCCUAACUCUAACCCUAAACCUAACCCCUAACCCCUAACCCCUAACCCCUAGCCCCUAAACCCUAACCCUAACCCCUAACCCCUAACCCCUAACCCCUAACCCUAACCCUAGCCCCUAACCCAACCCCAACCCCAACCCUAGCCCCUAGCCCCUAACCCUGCCCCUAGCCCCUAACCCUAACCCCAGAUGUAACAGUAGCCUGUGGAUAUACUGCUAACGAGUCAUUUCAAAUGAUAAUCCAAUUAGUUUAAAAAUGUUAAAUAAUCCGCAUGGUUGGGGAGACUGUAACCCUACAACUCUGCUCUCUCUGUGGAGAACAACGAUGUCAACCUUUGUCCUAUAAAGAUUAUGAACUCAUAAAACAUCGUGAUAUAUGAUGGUGUUUCCCCCCUAUUGGCCAACCCCCCCCCCCCCCCCCCCCAAAAGAAAAAACCGUUGGGCUAUAGCGCAAAAUUACAUGAUACAACUGGACGAAUCAUGAUGAAAGAUAUGGUUGUUGAAAGCCUGGACGAAUCAUGAUGAAAGAUAUGGUUGUUGAAAGCCUGGACGAAUCAUGAUGAAAGAUAUGGUUGUUGAAAGCCUGGACGAAUCAUGAUGAAAGAUAUGGUUGUUGAAAGCCUGGACGAAUCAUGAUGAAAGAUAUGGUUGUUGAAAGCCUGGACGAAUCAUGAUGAAAGAUAUGGUUGUUGAAAGCCUGGACAAAUCAUGAUGAAAAGAUAUGGUUGUUGAAAAGCCCUGGACGAAUCAUGAUGAAAGAUAUGGUUGUUGAAAGCCUGGACGAAUCAUGAUGAAAGAUAUGGUUGUUGAAAGCCCUGGACGAAUCAUGAUGAAAGAUAUUGGUUGUUGAAAGCCUGACGAAUCAUGAUGAAAGAUAUGGUUGUUUGAAAGCCUGGACGAAUCAUGAUGAAAGAUAUGGUUGUUGAAAGCCUGGACGAAUCAUUAAGAUAUGUUGUUGAAACCUGGAGAUCAUGAAGAUAUGGUUGUUGAAAGCCUGGACGAAUCAUGAUGAAAGAUAUGGUUGUUGAAAGCCUGGACGAAUCAUGAUGAAAGAUAUGGUUGUUGAAAGCCUGGACGAAUCAUGAUGAAAGAUAUGGUUGUUGAAAGCCUGGACGAAUCAUGAUGAAAGAUAUGGUUGUUGAAAGCCUGGACAAAUCAUGAUGAAAGAUAUGGUUGUUAAAAACCUGGCCCGAACCCAUGAUAAAAAUAUGGUUUUUUUUAAAGGGCCUGGACAAUCAUGAUGAAAGAUAUGGUUGUUGAAACCUGGACGAAUCUUUAAUAAAGAUAGGGUUGUUAAAACCCCGGGAAAAAUCAUGAUGAAAGAUAGGGUUGUUGAAAGCCGGGAAAGAAUAAAUGAGGGGAAAGAUAGGGUUUUGUUGAAAGCCUGGACAAUCAUGAAAAAAAGAUUUUGGUUUUUGAAAGCCGGACGAAUCAUUUGAAAGAUAGGGUUUUUGAAAGCCUGGACGAAUCAUUUUAAAGAUUGGUUUUUGAAACCCCUGGACGAAUCAUGAUAAAAGUUUGGGUUUGUUGAAAGCCUGGACAAUCAUGAUGAAAGUUUGGGUUUUGUUAAAACCUGGACAAAUAAAAAAAAAUUGAAGAUAGGGUUUGUUGAAUGCCGGGAAAGAAUCAUGGGAAAGAUAUGGUUUUUUUGAAACCCUGGACGAAUCAUGAUAAAAAUUUUUGGUUGUUAAAUGCCGGGACAAAAGGCUAAGGGGCGGAAAAAUUUUUUUCUAAAUUCGUUUCUGGUGGAGGAGUUUCUCAUGGAGGGGGGAGUGUGAGUGUGAGGGGUGAGUUUUUUUUGUGUGUGUGUGUUUUGGUGUGGUGUGUGGGGGUUUUAAUGGGGACGAUCCGGGUUUGGGCAAAUUUCCAGUAAAACUGGCGUCUUACUGGGGGGUUUUAUAAAAUGACCCUCAUCCCUCAUAAAGCGGGGUUUUGAGAAUAUCCUGUCUAGGGCAAAAAGAACCCACUUUAAAUUAUUUUUUUAUUUUGAAAACAGCCCCCUUUGGGACAAAAACCUCUUGGGCUUUAAAAAUUUUGGGGAAAUAAGCUACUGUAAUAACUUUAACUGGUCUUAAAGCUUAAUGAGGGGCCCAGUAGCAAGAAGGUUUUUGCCCUCUCUCUCUCUCAGUAUAAAUGAUGGGUUUAUUGCUCUCUCUCUCCCCUUUAGGGGGAUAGGUUAGUUGGUCUCUCCCCUCUCUCAAUAGGAGGAUAUUUUUAUUGUCUCCUCUCUCUCAUUAGGAGGAUGGGUUUAAAUUGUCUCCCUCCUCUAAAUGGGAAGGAUGGUUUUUGGGCUUCCCUCAGUAUGAUGAUGGGUUUGUCUCUCUCAGUAGGGGGAUAGGUUUUUGGGUCUCCUCUCAGUGGAAAAUAGAUUUUUGCCCUCUCUCUCAGUAGGAUGGUUUAAAUUGUCUUCUCCCCCCAAGUGGGAAAUGAUAGUUAUUGUCUCUCAUAGGUGGUUUGUCUCUCUCCCCAUUGGGAUAAAUUAGUUUUUGCCCUCCUCUCAGUAUGAUGAUAUUUGUCUCUUUUCUCAGUAGGAGGAUAGGUUUUGUUCCUCUCUUCUCAUAGGGGGAUAGGUUUUGUCUCUCUCUCAGUAGGAGGAUUUUUAAAUUGUUUCUCUCCAGUGGGAGGAUAUUUUUUUGCCCUCUCCCCUCUUGGGAGGAUGGGUUUUUAUUGUCUCUGCCCUCAUAGGGGGAUGGUUUUUGGUCUCUCUCUCAUUAGGAAAAAGGGGUUAUUGUCUCUCUCAGGAAAAGGUAGGUUUUUUUCUCUCUCUCUCUCAGUGGGGAGGAUGGGUUUGUCCUCUCAGUGGAGGAUUUUUUAAUUCUCCCCUCUCAUUUGGGAGGAUGAUUUUUUGGUCUCUCUCUCGUAGGGGGAUAGAUUAUUGUUCUCUCCAGUAAAUGGAUAGUUUUUGUCUUUCUUUCUCAUUAUUAGGAUGGGUUUUUUGUCUCUGUCCCCGUAGGGGGAUAGGUUUUUGGUCUCUCUCUCAUGGGAAAUAAAGGGUUUAUUGUCUCUUUUCCUCAGAAAGGAGGAAAAAGGUUAUUGUCUCCGGGAAAAGGGAAAGGGGUUUUGUCUCUCUCUCCCCCAAUUAGGGGAUGGUUUUGUCUCUCUAAAGGAGGAUAGUUUAUUGUUCUUUUCCCCGUAGGAGGAUAUUUUUGUCUCUCUCCCCGUAGGAGGAUAGGUUUUUGGUUUUCUCCUCAGUGGGAAAGGCAUUUUUAUUGUCUUUUCAGAAAAAGGAUAGGUUAUUGCCCUCUCGCUCUCUCAGUAGGAGGAUGGGUUGGGUUCUCCCCAGUAGGAGGAUAAUUAUUGUCUCUCUCUCAGUAGGAGGAUAAUUGUCUCUCUCUCAGAAAGAAGGAUGGGUUAUUGUCUUUUUUUUUCUCAUUUAGGGGAUAGGUUUUGGUCCUCUGUCUCAGAGGGGGAAAUGGGUUUAUUGUCCCAUUAGGGGGAAUUUUUUUAUUGUCUCUCUCUCAGUAGGGGGAAAUAGGUUAUUGCCCUCUCUCUAAAUAGGAGGAAUUUUUAUUGUCCCCUCUAAAAGGAAAAAGGGAUGGGUUAUUGCCCUCUCUCUUAGGAUGAUAGGUUAUUCUAUCUCUCUUCUCAGUGGAUGAUGGGUUUUGUCCCUUUUCCCCUUUUUAAUGAGUUUGGUUUUAUUGUCUCUCCCCAGAAAGGAGGUGGGUUUAUUGUCUCCUCUUUCGGGUAGGGGGGAUAGGUUAUUGUUCUCUCAGUAAGGAUGGGUUUUAUUGUCCCUCCCGGGAAAGGGAAAGGGUUAUUGCCCUCUCAUUGGAUAUGGUUUUUUCCCUCUCUCGUAGGGGGAUAGGUUUUUUUGUCUCGGGCAGUAGGGGGAUCGGUUUUUCUCUCUCAGUAGGGGGAAUUUUAUUUUCUUGUUAAAUUGGGAGGAUAGGUUAUUCUAUUCCCCCUCAUAGGGGGAAAUUUUGUUUUGUCUCUCCCCCCCUUUUAGGAGGAUUGGUUUUUUGGGCCCCUCUCUCGGGAAGGAAAUAAAUGGGGUUAAAUUGUUCUCGGGAGGGGAAAGGUUUUGUCUCCCCUCUCUCUCAGUAGGAGGAUAGGUUUUUCUCCCCUCUCAGUAGGAGGUUUAAUUUUUGGGCCCUCGCCCCUCAGUAGGAGGAUGUUUAAAUUGCCCUCUCCCCUCGUAGAAGGUAGGUUAUUGUCUUUUUUUUCCCUCAGUUGGGGGGAUUUUUUUAUUGCCCCUCUGUCUCGUGGGAAAGGGAUGGGUUUUAUUUUUUCGGGAGGGGGAAAGUUAUUGUUUUCUCUCUCAGUGGGAGGAUAGGUUUUGUCCUCCCCUCUCAGUAGGAGGAUGGGUUAUUGUCUUUUGUCUCAGUGGAGGAUGGUUUUUUGGGUCUCUCUCUCAGUAGGGGGCAUAUUUUUUUGUCUCCCCGGAAAAGGAUAGGUUUUUGCCCCUCCCCCCUCUCUCAUAGGGGGGAUGGGUUGUCUCUCAGUUGGGAAAAGGUUUUAUUAUUGUCUCUCUCUCAUUAGGGGGAUGUUUGUCUCUCCCCUCAGUAGAAGGAAAAGGUUAAAUUGUUUUUUUUUCCCUCUUAGGAGGAUAGGUUAUUGCCCUCUGUCCCAGAAAGGAGGUUUGGUUUUGUCUCAGUAGGGGGAAAUAGGUUUUUGGGUCUCUCUCUCAGAAAGGAGGAUGGGUUAUUGUCUCUCUCAGGAAAAGGGGAUAGGUUAUUGUCUCCCCCGUAGGUGAUAGGUUAUUCUAUCUCUCCCUCUCCCCUUAGGAUGAUGGGUUUUAUUGUCUCUCUCUCAGUAUGGGGUUUGGUUUUUUGUCCUCCCCAGAAAGGAAAGUGGGUUAUUGUCCUCUUCUUGCUUGGGGAGGAUUUUGUUUUUGCCCUCUCUCAGUAGGGGGUAGGUUAUUUUUCCCCUCUCAGAGAAGGAUGGUAUUGUCUCUCAGUAGGAUGAUAGGUUUUGUCUCUCUCAGUAGGGGGUCGGUUUUGUCUCUCCCCAAGUGGAGGGGGGGUUUUUGUCUCUGUCUCAGAAAGGAGGAUGGUUAUUCUACUCUCUCUCAGUAAAGGAUAUUUUUAAUUGUCUCUUUUCCCCAUUAGGGGGAAAUUUUUUUUUUUUUUUUGGUCUCUCUCUCAGAAGGAUGAUGGGUUUUAUUGUCUCUCAGGAAAGGAUAGGUUUUUUGGGUCCCUCUCUCCCAUAGGAGGAUGGGGUUGUCUUUUUCUCAGUGGAGGAUUUUAUUUUUUCGCUCCAGGGGGGGGGGAAAAGAUUAUUGUCUCUCCUCUUUUUAGAAAGGAUAUUUUUUAAUUGUCUUUCUUUCUCAGUAGGAGGAUGGGUUUUUUGGGUCUCUGUCUCAGUAGGAGGAUGGUUAUUUCUCGUAGGAAAAUGGGUUUUAUUGUCUCUCUCCCCGUAAAAAGGAUAGGUUAUUGUCUCUCUUUUUCCUUUGUAGGAGGAUGGGGUUUUUGUCUCUUCCUCAGUAGGGGAUGGUUUAAAUUGUCCCCCUCAGGAGAAGGAUGGGUUGUCCAGAAAGGAGAAUGGGUUAAAUUGUCUCUCUCUCUCAUUAGGGGGAAGGGGUUGUCCUCUCAGGGGGAGGAUAGGUUUUUGGGCCCUCUGCAUAGGAGGUAUUUUAAAGGUGUCUCUCAGUAGGAGGAUGGGUUUUUGCCUCCCCUCAGUAAAAGAUGGGUUUAAAUUGUAUCUCUCAUUAGUAGGGAUGGGUUUUAUUGUUUUUGUGUCAGUAGGGGGAAAUAGGUUUUGUCUCUCUCCCCGGGGGAGGAUAGGUUAUGUCUCCUCCCCGGGAGGAGGAUGGGUUUUUAUUGUCUCUAAAAAGAAGGAUAGGUUAUUGUCUCUCUGUCAUUAAGAUGGUUUUUGUCCUGGGGUCGUGGAGGAUAUUUUUAUUUUUCCUCUCUCAGUGGGAAAGGAUAGGUUAUUGUCUCUCCCUCUCUCCUCCCCCCCCCCCAGUGGAGGAUGGUUAUUGUCUCUCCAUAGGAGGAUAGGUUAUUGCCUCUCUCUCCUUAGGAGGAUAGGUUUUGCCUCUCCCCGUAGGAGGAUUGUUAUUGUCCUCAGUAAAGGGAUAGGUUUUUUUGUCUCUCUCUCGUAGGAGGAUAGGUUUUUGGUCUCUUCCCCGUAGGGGGAUAGGUUUUGUUUUCUACUCGGAGGAUAUUUUAAUUGUCUCUCCCCCUUCAUGGGAAGGAUAUUUAUUGUUUUUUUCCCCUCGAAAGGGGGGAUGGGGUUAUUGCCCCUCUCUAGGGGAAAAGGAUAGGUUAUUGUCUCGGUCUCAUAGGAGGAAGGUUAUUGCCCUCUCUCUCCCGUAGGGGGAUGGGGUUUUUGUCCCCUCUCAUAAAAGGAGGUUGUCCCCAGAAAGGAAAAUUUUUUUUAUCUCUCAUUAGGGGGAUAUUUUUUUAUCUCUCUCAGUAGGAGGAUAGGUUUUUUUGGGUCUCUUUUCAGUACCCGGUUUAAUUUUAUAGUCUUUUCCCGUGGGAAAAUUUUGGUUUUUGAUCUCUCAUUAGGGGGAUACGUCAUUACCCCCUUCUCUUUUCCUCUCUCUCUCAGUAGGAGGUGGGUUUUUAAUGUCCCUUCCCCAGUAGGAGGAUGGUUAAUGUCCUCCCCCCGUAGGAGGAUAGGUUAUUUUACUCCGGUAGGGGGAAAGGUUUUUUCUCUCUCCUUUGGGAGGAAAAAUUUUAUUUUUCCCCCUCUGUCAUGGGAGGAUAGGUUUUUUGUUCCUCUCAGUAAAAGGAAAAACUUUUCCUCUCUCGGGAGAAGGUUUGGUUAUUGUCUCUCCCCUCAGAAAAGGGAAAGGGGAAAUUGCCCUCUCUCUCAUAGGAGGAUAUUUUGUUCUCUCUCAGUGGGAAAAGGAUGGGUUUAUUUGCCUCUCUCAUUGGGAGGUGGUUAAAUUGGGCCCUCUGCCUCGUAGGAGGUUUGGUUAUUGUCCCCUGUCUCGGGUAGGAGGAUGGGUUUUUUUCCAUGGGGAGGAUAUUUUUAUUGUCUCUCUCAUUAGAGUUAGGUUUAUUGUCUCUCCCCAGAGGGGGAUUGGUUAUUGUCUUUUUUAGUGAAAAUAGGUUUUUGUCCCCCCUCUCAGAAAGAGGAUGGGUUUUUAUUGUCCCCUCUCAGUAGGGGGUUUGGUUAUUGUCUCCUCUCCCCCCGUGGGGGGAUGGGUUUUAUUGUCUCUCCCCUCAUUGGGGGGAAAAGGUUUUUUUGUCCUCUCUCCUCAGUAGGGGAUGGGUUUUUGUCUCUCUCAUAGGAGGAUAGGUUUUUGGGUCUCUGUCUCAUUAGGGGGAUGGGUUUUAUUGUCUCUGCCCUCAGAAAGGAGGAUAGGUUUUUUUUCAGUAGAGGAUAUGUUAUUGCCCUCUCUCGAAAGGAGGGUGGGUUUUAUUUCCUCGCUCCCCCCUCAUAGGGGGAUAGGUUUUUGUCUCUCUUUUCAGUAAGGUGGGUUAUUGUCUCCUCUCAGUAGGGGUUUGGGUUUUUUUGGGUCUCUCUCGGGGAAAAAGAAAAGGUUGUCUCAGUAGGAGAAAAAGGUUAUUGUCUCUUCCAGUAGGGGGUUUAAGUUAUUGUCUCUCCUAGGAGAAUAUUUUAUUGUAUCUCUCAUGGGAGGAUACUUAUUAUCUCUUUUCUCUCUCAGUGGAGGAUAGGUUAUUUUUUCCUCUGUCUCAGUAGGAGGGUGGUUUUUUGUCUUCUCUCCUCGUAGAGGGAUAGGUUUUUGGGUCUCUCCCCUCCCCUCAGUAGGGGGAUAGGUUAGUGUCUCUUUUUUGGUCAGUGGGAAAGGAUUGUUUUUGUCUCUGUCUCAGUGGAGGAAAAGGUUAUUGUCUCUGUCUCAGUAGGGGGAUGGGUUUUAUUGUCUCAUAAAAAAGGAAAAUUUUUUUUUGUCCUCUCAUGGGGGAGGAUGGGUUUUGUCUCCCCUCUCAGUAGGAGGAUAGGUUAUUGUCCCUCUCGGGUAGAAAGAUGGUUUUAUUGCCCCUCCCCCCCAGUAGGAGGAUGGGUUAAAGGGUUUCUUUUCCCAUUAAAAGGGAUGGGUUAAAUUGUCUUCCCCAGGAGAAGGAUGGGUUUCUCAGUAGGAAUAGGUUAUUGUUUUCUGUCUCAGUAGGGGGAUGGGUUAUUGUCUCAUGGGGGAAUGUUAUUGUCUUUUCCCCAGUUUUAGAUAGGUUUUUGUUUUCCCCUCUCAGGGAGGAUAUUUUUAUUGUCUCUCGCUCAUAGGAGGGUGGGUUAUUGUCCUCCCCCCUCUCAGUAGGAGGGUGGGGUUAAAUUGCCCUCUCUCAGUAGAAGGAUGGUUUAUUGUCUUUUCUCCCCAAAUUAAAGGAUAGGUAUUGUCUCUCUCUCUCUCCCCCCAGUUGGAGGAUGGGUUUUAAAUUUUCCCCUCUCUCAGUCCCAAAGGAUAGGUUUUUUGUCUCUCGGGUCAGUGGGAGGAUGGGUUUUAUUUUCCCUGCCUCAGAGGAGGUAGGUUUUUUUGUCUCUCUCAGAAAGGCAGGAUAAUUUUUGUCUCUCCGUAGGAGAAAAAGGUUUUUGUCUCUCUCCCCCGGGAAAGGAAAGGAUGGGUUUUUUGUCUUUUUUCCCCCUUAGGAGGAUAGGUUUUUUGUCCCUGUCUCAGUAGGAGGAUGGGUUAUUGUCUCUUUUGUCAAAAGGAGGAGGUUAUUGUCUCUUUUUGUCGUAGGAGGUUUGGUUUUGUUUUCUCUAAAUGGAGGAUGGGUUUUAUUGUCUCUCUCUCAUUAGGGGGAAUAGGUUUUUUGUCUCUCCCCUCUCGUAGGAGGAUGGGAAAUUGUCCCCUCCUCCCCUCUCAUAGGAGGAUGGGUUUUUUCUAUCUCUGUAGGAGAUAGGUUAUUGCCCCUCUCUUCAAUAGGAUGUAGGUUAUUGUCCCUCCUCGGGUAGGGGGUGGGUUUUAUUGCCCCUCUCUUUUCAUUGGGAGGAUAGGUUUUUUGUCCUCUCUCCCCCAGUGGGAAAUGUGGGUUUUUUUCUCUCUCUCAGUAGGAGGAUGGGUUUUAUUCUCUUCUCCUCUCAGUGGAGGAUGGUUUUUUGUCCUUUUGCCCAGUAGGGAUAGGUUGUUGCCCUCUCUCUCUCAAAAGGAUAAUGGUUAUUCUCUUCUCAGUAGGGGGAGGGUUUAUUCCUUCUCCCCUCUCGUGGGAGGAAGGUUAGGUCUCUCUCAUGGGUUUAAUGGGUUUUUUUCCCUCCCCUAAAAGGGAUGGGUUAAAUUUGUCCCUCUCUCUCAGAAAAAAGGAAAGGGUUUAAAUUGUCUCUCUCUCAGUAGGAGGAUAGGUUUUUACCCUUUUCUCAGUAGGGGAAAAUUUUAUUGUCUCUCUCUCAGGGGAGGAUAGGUUUUUUUGUCCCCUGUCUCAGUAGGGGGAUGGUUUUGUCUUUUUGUCUCAGUGGGGGAAAUGGGUUUAUUAUCUCUCCAGUAGGGGGAUGGGUUUUUUGUCUCUCUCUCUCAGUAGGGGGUGGGUUUAUUGUCUCGGCCCUCAGUGGGAGGAUGGGGUUUUGCUCUGUCUCAAAAAGGGGAUAGGUUUUUUGGGUCUCUGCCCCUCAGUAGGAGGAUAGGUUAUUAUCUCUCUCAGUGGGAGGAUAGGUUUUUGGGGUCCUCUCUCAGUAGGGGGUUUUUAAUGUUUUGGGCUCUCUCUCAUAGGAGGUUUGGUUUUUGGGUCCCCUGCCCUCAGUAGGAGGAUAGGUUUUGUCUCUGUCCAGAAAGGGGGAAUUGGGUUUUGUCCUCGGGCUCAAGGAGGAUAGGUUAUUGUCUCUCUCCCCAUUAAAGGAAAAGGUUUUACCCCUCUCUCAUAGGGGAUUUUUAUUGCCUCUCAUUAGGAGGAUAUUUAUUGUCUCUGUCUCAUUGGGGGGAAAGGGUUUUUGGUUUUGUCUCAUAGAAGGAUAGGUUUUGUCUCUGCCCCUUUGGGAGGAUGGGUUUUAUUGCCCUCUGUCUCAGUAAAAGGAUGGGUUUAUUGUCUCUCUCUCAGUGGGCAGGAUGGGUUUAAAUUGUCUCUCUCAUUUAAUUAUGAUGGGUUUUAUUCUCUCAGGGGGAAGGAAAGGGGGUUUUUCCUCCUCUCUCCCCGUAGGAGGAUAGGUUUAUUGUCUCUCUCAUUUGGGGGGGGGGAUAUGGUUUUUCUCUCAGUAGGAGGAUAGGUUAUUGUCUCCUCCUCUCUCCCCAGAGGGGGGAAAUGGGUUUUUUUUUCUCUCUCCCCAUUUGGGGAGGAUGGGUUUUGGGUCUCCUCUCUCUCAGUAGGGGGAUAGGUUUUUUCCCCUGUCAGUGGGUUUAUAGGUUAUUGUCCCCUCUCUCUCUCAGUAGGGGAUAGGUUUUGUCUCUGCCCUCAGUAGAGGAUAGGUUAUUGCCCUCUCUCUCAUUGGGCAGGAUGGGUUUUUGUCCCCUCUCUCAGUAGCGGAAUAGGUUUUUUGGGUCUCUGUCUCCCAGAAAGGGGAAAAGGUUAUUGCUCUCUCUCAGUAGGAGGAUGGGUUUAUUGUCCUCUCUCUCAGUAGGGGGGUUAGGUUUUGUUUUCUCUCCCCCUAGGAGGAUAGGUUUUGCUCCCCUCUCAGUAAGUUGGUUAUUUUUUUCUCUCUCAUUAGGGGGAUGGGUUUUUAUUGUUUUUUGUCUCAUAAAAGGGAAAAGGUUUUUUGUCUCUCUCUCUCAUUGGGGGAUGGGUUUUAUUGUCUCUCUCCCCCCAGAAAGGAGGAUAGGUUAUUUUCCCUCCCCUCAGUAGGAGGUUUGGGUUUUUUUGUCUCAGUAGGAGGAUGGGUUUUAUUGUCUCUCUCAUAGCAGGUAAGUUUUGUCUCUCUGUGGGAGAAUGGGUUUAUUGUCUCUCUCUCAGUAGGAUAUAGGUUUUUGUCCUCUCCCCGUAGGGGGAUGGGUUUAAAUUGGGGUCUCUGUCUCAGUGGGGGAUAGUUUAUUGUCCGGGUCUCAAAUUUAGGGGUAGGUUAUUGUCUCUCUCUCUCAUAGGGAUAGGUUAUUGUCUCUCUCUCCCCUCUCUCCCCAGUAGGAGGAUGGGUUUUUUUGUCUCUCUCAGAAAAGAAAGGGUAGGUUUAUUGUCUUCCUCAGUAGGAGGAAAGGUUAUUGUCUCAGUAGGAGGAUGGUUUUUUGCCUCUCUCAAAAGCAGGAUAAUUUAUUGUCCCCUCUGAAAGGAGAAUAGGUUUUUUGUCUCUCUCUCAGUAGGGGGAUAGGUUAAUUGUCUCUGUCAUGGGAGUAGGUUAUUGUCUUUUCCUGUCGGGUAGGAGGAUAGGUUAUUUGUCCCCCCCAUAGCAGGAUAGGUUUUGUCUCUCUCAAUGGGAGGAUAGGUUAUUGUCUCUCUGCCCUUUUUAGGAGGAUGGGUUAUUGCCCUCUCUCAGUAGGGGAUGGUUUUUUGGGCUCCCCAAAUAGGGGGAAUUUUUAAUUGUCUCCUGCAGUGGGAGGGAUGGGUUUUUUUGUCUCUCUCUCCAUAAAAAAUCAUAGGUUAUUGUCCCCUCUCUCUCAUUGGGAAAGGGUGGUUUUUGCCCUUCUCUCUCUAUGGAGGAUGGGUUUUUUAUUGCCUCUCUCUCAGUGGAGUUUUGGUUAAAUUGGGUCUCUCUCUCAGUAGAAGGAUAUGUAAUUGUCUCUCUCAGUGGGAGGAUAUGUUUUGUCUCUUCUCAGUAGGGGGUAGGUUUUGUCUCUCUCUCCAGAAAGGGGGAAGGUUAUUGCCCUCUCUCUCAGUAUAGGAUGGGUUUUUUGUCUCCUCUCAGAAAGGCGGAUGGGUUUAUUUUUCUCUGCCCUCGUAGGGGGGAAGGGGUUAAAUUGCUCUGCCCUCAUUAGGGGGGGGGGGGGAGGUUUUUUUGGGUCUCUCUCUCAGUAGGAGGUUUAGGUUUUUUUGCCCUCCCCUCCCUCAGUGGGAGGAUAGUUUUGCCUCUCUCCCCUCUCUCAGUAGGGGGAUAGGUUUUUUGUCUCCUCUGGGUUUCCGGGAUAGGUUAUUGUCUCUCUCCCCGUAGGGGGAUGGGUUUAGGGGCCCUCAGUAGGGGAUGUUUUAUUGUCUCUCUAAAGAAAGCAGGAUUUUAAAUUGUUCUCUGUAGAAAAAUGGGGUUUUUUGUCUCUCCCCCUCCUAGGAGAAAUAGGUUUUGUCUCUCUCCCGUAGGCGAUAUUUAUUGUCUCUGCCCUCAGUAGGAGGAUGGUUAUUGUUUCGGGUUUUCAUUAGGGGGGGGGGGGGGUUUAUUGUCUCUCUCUCUCUCUUUAGGGGGAUAUUUUAUUGCCCUCUCUCUCUCUCUUUUCAUGGAGAAAAGGUUUUGUCUCCCCUCUCAGUAGCGGGAUAGGUUAUUGCUCCUCUCAGUAGGGGGAUAGGUUAUUGUUUUCGUGGGAAAGGAUGGGUUUAAAUUGUCUCCCCUCAGUACAGGAUAAUUAUUGUCUCCUGUAAGAAUAGGUUUUGUCUCUCUCAGUAAAAGAUAAUUAAAUUGUCUCGGUCAUUUAGGAGGUAGGUUUUUCCUGUCAGUAGGAUGAUGGGGUUUUGGGUUCUCUCUCAGUAGGGAUGGUUAUUGUCUCUCUCUCAGUAGGAGGAUGGUUAUUUUUCUUUUGGGCAGUAGGAGGAAUGGGUUUUAUUGUCUCCUCAUAGUGGAUGGGUUUAAUUGCCCUCUCUCAAUGGGAGGAUGGGUUUAUUGUCUCUCUGUCAUUGGGAGGUAGUUUAGGGGGCCCUUCUCUGUAGGAAAAUUGUUAUUGUCUCUCUCUCUUAGGGGGAAAGGGUUUAUUGUCCCCCUUGUCCAGUAGGGGGGAUGGGUUUUAUUGCCCCUCUCUCAGUAGGAGGAUGGGGUUUAUUUCUCUCUAAAUAGGGGAUAGGUUUUUUUUCCCUCUCGUCAGUAGGGGGAAAAGGGUUAUUGUCUCUCUCCUCAGGGGAAAGGUAGGUUUUUUUCUCUCUCUCUCAAAAAUGGGGAUGGGUUUAUUGUCUCUGUCCAGUAGGAGGAUAGGUUUAUUGUCUCUCUCUCAUUAAGGAUAUUUAAUUGUCUCUGUCUCAGUAAAAGGAUAGGUUAUUUUCCUCUCUCUCUCAUGGGAUAUGGGUUUGGGUCUCUCUCUCAGUAGGAGGAUGGUUUUAUUGCUCUCUCCAUGGGCGGAUAGGUUAUUGUCUCUGCCCUCAUAGGAAGGAUAGGUUAUUGUCUCUGUCUCAGUAGGAGGGUGGUUAUUGUCCCCCUCCCCAGUAGGAGGAUAGGUUUUUUGGGUCUCCCCUCUCAGUAAAAAAAUAGGUUUUAUUGCCCUCUCUCUCUCAGUAAGGAUGGGGUUAUUGUCUCUCUUCAGUAGGGGGUGGGUUAUUGUCUCAUUUGGGGGAUAGGUUUUUGUUCUCUCAGUAGAAAGGAUAAGUUAUUGUCUCGGGUAGGAAAUGGGUUUAAAUUGGGCCCCUCUCUCAGACCGGAUAAGGUAUUGUCUCUCGUAAAGAAUGGGUUUUUUUUCUCUGUCCAGUGGAGGUUUGGUUAUUGUUUCUCUCCCCCUCAGGGGGGGGAAAGGAUGGUUAUUGCCCCUCUCCAUAGGAGGAUGGUUUUUUUUCUCUCUCAAUAGGAGGAUGGUUUAUUGUCCCUUGCCCGUAAGAGGAUAGGUUAUUUUUCUCCUGUCAGUAGGGGAAAUAGGUUUUUGUUCUUCCUCUCUCUAAAAAGUAGGGGGAUUGGUUAUUUUUCUCUCUCUCGUGGGAAUUAUAUUUAUUGUCUCUCUUUCCCCUUUUCCCCGUAGGAUGAUAGGUUUUGCCCUCUCUCCCCGUAGGGGGAAAUGGGUUUUUAUUGCCCUCUCCCCAGUAGGGGGAAGGGUUAUCCCCUCUCAAUAAAAGGAAAAGGUUAUUGUCUCUCUGUCAUAGGGGGGAUGGUUUUGCCCUUCUUCAUUAGGGGGAUGGGUUUUUGUCUCCUUCAUUGGGAAGGGAUGGGUUUUUUGGGUUCUCUCUCUCCUCCCCCAGUGGGAAAGGAUAUUUUAUUGUCCUCUCUUCAGUAGGGGAUAUGUUAUUGUCUCUCUCUCCUCCCCUUUGGGAUGAUAGGUUAUUGUCUCUCCCCUUAGGAGGAAAAGGUUUUGUCUCUCUCUCAUAGGAGGAUAUGUUUUUGUCCCUCCCUCUCAUUAGGAGGAUAGUUAUUUCUCUCUCUUUCUCAGUAGGAGGAUAGGUUUUUGUCUCUCUCUCAGUAGAGGAUGGGUUUAUUGUCCCCCCUCUCUUUCUCAGUGGGAGGAUAGGUUUUCUCUCUCGGGUACGGAUAAGUUAUUGCCCUCUCUGUGGAAAAGGUUAUUUUUCUCCCCUCGUAGAGGUAGGUUAUUGUCCUCCCCAGUAGGGGAUGGGUUUAAAUUACUUUUCCCCCCAUAGGGGGGAUGGGUUUUUUUCUCUCUGUCAGUAGGGGGAAAGGGUUUUAUUGUCCCUCUGUCAUGGGGAGGAUGGUUUAUUGUCUCUCUCUUAGGGGGAAAUGGGUUAUUGCCUCUCUCUCUCAGUAGGGGGGAAAUAUGUUUUUGCCUCUCUCUCAGUAUUAGGAAAAGGUUAUUGUCUUUUCCCCUCAUAGGGGGAUAGGUUUUUCCUCUCCCCCUCAGUAGGGGGGAUGGGUUUUUUGUCUCGCCCUCAAAAGGGGGAAAUUUAUUGUUUUCUGCCCGUAGGACGAUGGGUUUGGGUCUCUCUGCCCAGUGGGGGAUAGGUUUUUUCCCUCCUGUCAGAAAGGAGGAUAGGUUUUUGGGUCUCCUCUCAUAGUAGGUAGGUUAUUGUCUCUCUCCCCCGGGUUUAGGAAAGGUUUUUUUCCUCUCUCAGUGGGGGGAUGGGUUUAAAUUGCCCCCUCUGUCAGUAGGGGAAUAGGUUAUUUCUCUCUGUCUUUGGGGAGGAAAGGUUAUUUCUCUCUCAGUAGGAGGAUGGGUUUAUUGUCUUUCUCAUUAGGAGGAUAGGUUAUUGUCUCUCUCGGGUGGGAGGAUAGGUUAUUGUCACUCUCAGUAGGAGGUUUGGUUUUUUGGACUCUCCCCCCGUAGGGGAUGGGUUAUUGUCUCUCGGUCAGAAAGGGGGAUGGGUUUAUUUUCCCCCCUCAGUAGGGGAAUAGUUUUUUUGUCCUGUCUCAGAAAGGAGGAUGGGUUAUUGUCCUCUCUCUCAUUAGGAAAUAUGUUAUUGUCUCCCAGUGGGAGGAUAGGUUUUUGUCUCCUCUCGAGGGGGAAUGUUAUUGUCUCUCUCUCGUAGGAGGAAAAGGUUUUUGGCCCUUCCCCUCUUUCCCAGUAGGAGGAUGGUUUUAUUGUCUCCUCUCAGUACAGGAUAGGUUUUUGGGUCUCUCUCUUUCUAAAUUAGGAGGAUGGGGGUUUAUUGUCUCUCUCGAAAGAAAGGAUAAUUAUUGUCUCUCGGGGUAGGAGAAUAGGUUUUUGUCUCUCUCAGUGGGAGGAUGGUUAUUGUCACUCUCGGGGAGGAUAGGUUAUUGCCCUCAUUAGUAGGGGGAUAGGUUUUUGGGCCCUCUGUCAGUAGGAGGAUAGGUUUUUUUCUUCUGUCAUUAGGAAUGGGUUUUGUCUCUCUCAGUAGGGGGAUAGGUUUUGCCUCUCUCCCCUCAGAAAGGAGGAUAGGUUUUUUCCUCUCUCUCAUUUAAGUGGGAAAGGGGUUUUGGGUCUCUCCCCCCUUCAGUAGGGGAUAGGUUUUUUCCUCCUCUCUCAUGGAAAAGGAAGGUUAUUGCUCUGUCUCGUGGAGGAUAUGUUAUUGUCCCCCGGUCUUGGGAAAAAUGGUUGUCUCUCUGCCCGUAGGGGGAUGGGUUUUAUUUUCUCUCUGUCAGUGGGAAAGGAUGGGUUUAAUUGUCUCUCUCUCAUAGUAGGAAGGUUUUUUGUCCUCUCUCAAGGGGGGAUAGGUCAUUGUCUCUCUCAGUGGGGGAUGGGUUUAUUGCUCUCGGGCAGAAAGGAGGAUGGUUUAAAUUGUCUUUUGUCAGUAGCAGGAUAGGUUAUUGUCUCUCUCAAUAGGAGGAUAGGUUAUUGUCUCUGUCAGUAGGAGGAUAGGUUUUUGUCUCUCUCUCUCAGUAGGAGGAUAGGUUAUUGUCUCUCUCUCUCUCAGUAGGAGGAUAGGUUAUUGUCUCUCUCUCUCUCUCUCAGUAGGAUGAUAAGUUGUCUCUCUCUCAGUUGGAGGAUAGGUUAUUGUCUCUCUCAGUAGGAGGAUAGGUGAUUGUCUCUCUCUCUCAGUAGGAUGAUAGGUUAAUUUUCUCUCUCAGUAGGAGGAUAGGUUAUUGUCUCUCUGUCAGUAGGAGGAUAGGUUGUUGUCUCUCUCAAUAGGAGGAUAGGUUGUCUCUUUGUCAGUAGGAGGAUAGGUUAUUGUCUCUCAGUAGUAGGAUAGGUUAUUGUCUCUCUCUCAGUAGGAGGAUAGGUUAUUGUCUCUCUCUCAGUACGUUGAUAGGUUAUUGUCUCUCACAGUAUGAGGAUAGGUUAUUGUCUCUCUGUCAGUAGGAGGAUAGUUUAUUGUCUCUCUGUCAGUAGGAGGAUAGGUUAUUGUCUCUCUCAGUAGGAGGAUAGGUUAUUGUCUUUCUCAGUAGGAGGAUAGGUUAUUGUCUCUCUCAGUAGGAGGAUAGGUUAUUGUCACUCUCAGUAGGAGGAUAGGUUAUUGACUCUCCCUCAGUAGGAGGAUAGGUUAUUGUCUCUCUGUCAGUAGGAGGAUAGGUUAUUAUCUCUGUCAGUAGGAGGAUAGGUUAUUGUCUCUCUCAGUAGGAGGAUAGGUUAUUGCCUCUCUCUCUCAGUAGGAGGAUAGGUUAUUGUCUCUCUCUCAGUAGGAGGAUAGGUUAUUGUCUCUCUGUCAGUAGGAGGAUAGGUUAUUGUCUCUCUGUCAGUAGGAGGAUAGGUUAGUAUCUCUCAGUAGGAGGAUAGGUUAUUGUCUCUCUCUCUCUCUCUCUCUCUCAGUAGCAGGAUAGGUUAUUGUCUCACUCUCAGUAGGAGGAUAGGUUAUUGUCUCUCUCUCAGUAGGAUGAUAGGUUAUUGUCUCUCUCAGUAGGAGGAUAGGUUAUUGUCUCUGUCAGUAGGAGGAUAUGUUAUUGUCUCUCUCAGUAGGAGGAUAGGUUAUUGUCUCUCUCAGUAGCAGGAUAGGUUAUUGUAUCUCUGUUGGAGGAUAGGUUAUUGUCUCUCAGUAGGAGGAUAGGUUAUUGUCUCUCUGUCAGUAGGAGGAUAGGUUAUUGUCUCUCUCAGUAGGAGGAUAGGUUAUUGUCUCUCUCUCAGUAGGAGGGUAGGUUGUCUCUCUCAGUAGGAGGAUAGGUUAUUGUCUCUCUCUCUCAGUAGGAGGAUAGGUUAUUGUCUCUGUCUCAGUAGGAGGAUAGGUUGUCUCUCAGUAGGAGGAGAUGUUAUUGUCUCUCUCUCUCAGUAGGAAUAGGUUAUUCUCUCUCUCUCUCAGUAGUAGGAUAGGUUAUUGUCUCUCUCUCUCUCUCAGUAGGAGGAUAGGUUAUUGUCUCUCUCAGUAGCAAGAUAGGUUAUUGUCUCUCUCUCUCAGUAGGAGGAUAG